AUGAAUAUAACAUCAGCAGAUUUCCAAAGCCUCCUGCACAUAGACUGGCUUGCAAACGUCAGAUCGUUAGUCGUGCCCGAGAGGAUUGGGGGUCAGCAAGAACUGGAGUUCUACGGACAACUGAUUCGGAACCAGAAAUGGCUGAUCAGCUUGGAGAUUCGUACUGAGUUCAUGAUGCUGAUUGAAAACCACAACCAAGCGAUACGCGAUCAAGCUGAUCGUAGGGACCCUCCUUACUACCUGCACUCCUUGGACGAUGUAACGGGCCCCAGGUUUCCAGGUGAAUCGGUCGUUGAACGGCUAUCUCGACCCUUUGCUACCGCAGCCGGGUCAGAUGCUCCAGUCCGAGUGGAAAAUCUGAGCAUAUUCGUCCGUUUACCGUGUGUUGACGCUCUUCGAAAGAUGAUUGAUCUCAAGCACAUCAAGCACUUGACGGUCGUCCGAUGCUUCAAUGUAGGUCAACUCCUGGAUCUCAUGACCAGCCUCUACACAGGAUCGGCUUCCUUCACGGAUUCGCCUUAUCACAGCGGUGACCCGAGCAAUUUUGCCAUGCGUAGCUUUCGGUACUAUGCCACGGAUAGAGCGUCGUGCACUUCUCCUAGUAUGGAGGCCUUCUUGGCAAGUUUCGGAGGUCUUGAGUUGCUACUCCUCGAAGUAGAGCACUGGUAUGAGUUGGACCUGAACGUUCUUGAGCGCCAUCUGGAUACACUGGUGCACUUGUACAUUGGGCUUGGUUUCGAUUGCAAGAAUGGUACAGGAAAAUGGAGGGCAGAACCGGCGGCCCUGGCAGCUAUGCUCCGCCGAAUACCGAGGCUUCAGCAGUUGGCUCUUACGUUUCCACGAAUCGACACGUUUGACAAUAAUCCUGCUAGACGUAAUGCCCUCCGAGGGUUCUUGGACGCAGUCGCAGAGAUCUCGAAUCUUCAAAUACUUCGAAUGAUUUCCUGGCCUCUGUCCAAGCUGGAGUGGUGGCAUGAUGAGUGCCAGGAUGAAGUCGACAAGUUCGCCAACACCACGGUAGGGUUGCUGGCCAAGAUGUACGGAAAGAAGGGAAAAUGCUCUCCUUUGAGGCUCUUCAUCGUUGGGAACGCAAACCCAUAUGAUAGGCCCAUGAACCACCAGGUAAUGGUGAUGUCGGAGUUCGACAAGUCGCCGGUGUGCUACAAGAUUGUUUAUAACCAGUCAGACACCAAUGGACCUGGCCUUCCAAGAGCCGUUUUAGUGUCCUCGUACGAAGAAGUGCUCUCAGUCCCUGUCUACGAUGCUUUGCUGGACAAUAUCGUGGAUGUGCCUCCGAUGGACAAAGGGCUUGGGGUUGGCGGAUUCUUCCCAGCUAGGUGGAAGGACGAUAACGGCUAUCUGGGGCACUAA